AAAUGCCAAUGUUCUACUGACACAUUUUUUUAAAAAGCUCUUCGAGUAACUUAUGUGAUAAAUUCGUAAACGGUUUUUACAUAUUUUUUCAAAUAAAAUUUUCGUAAAAAUGCAACCCGGAAAAACGCACGAAUUGGUUAAACCGCUUUGUUGGUUAUUGGGAACAUGGAAAUCAGUUAACGUUAAACUGAAACGUAAAUUAAAUUUACCGAUGAGCGACCACUGCAAACUUUUAAAAGCCAACGCAUACGAUACCUACAGUGAAAUAUUAACCUUCAGUACAUUUGGUCAUCCAACAAUAAAAUACGAAGCAACUUCGUGGCAUCCGAAGAAUUUCUUUCCAUUAAAAUUUGAGGUCGGUCAUUUUAUGUGUCAUCCUGGUAAAAAGAACUUGACAGUCGUUGCGGCUCAUAAUUACGGAAUGGCUGCUGUUGAAGUUGGAAAAAUUACUCAGCAUUGUAUCGAACUUUGUACUUUAUCAAUGGCAAAUUCUGAAGUCGUCGAUAAACCAGUAGUUGGAUAUUGUAGAUCCUAUCGCAUAAACGACCAAGGACAAUUGGUAUAUAAGCUGAAAUUACGAACACAGGACGAACAUAGUCUGAAAGAAUAUACGAGAAUUAUUUACGAAAAAGAUUAAUUAAAAUCCGGUACGUCAAUUUUUGAAUAUUGAUUAUGAAAUAACUUGAAUUGUAUUUGUUCGAAAGAAAAUGUAAACCAUGAAAUUUGUAGUGAUUAAAAUAUAAUAAAGAUAUUUGUUUUUAUCCUCUGAA